GCGCGUGUACGACACACACUGACUGAGGUUCUGUUGUGUUGCUUAUGUUUUUUUAUGGAUUUAUUAACGAAUCUGGAAACCCUGGACCAGAAUCGCUCCAUCGUCAGUAACAGAGCAGUAUUUUCCGGCAUCUCCAAUGUCUUUCGGUGCUAUCAAGCAGAGUGUCGUCUGGCGUGUUAUCAGUUCGGUGCUCGGCAAUUAAAUGUGUGCCCGUCCUUCGUAAUCGGAUCGGAUCGCUGUCUCUAGCCCAUCCAUACGGCGCUCAGUAUUCGCUGGAUGUGACUUGUUGGACUAUCCGAUUGGUGCUGGUGCUAGCUGAUACAGUUAUUGCAAAGCACACUGAUAAAGUGGCAACGGGCACAGUCACACGGCUCACCGUCGCCUGAUUAGUAACAGAAGAAAAUUGAUAGUUUACGAAGGAUACCCGUGCACAGUGCCAAAUGAGUGAUGGCAUCAAAUGCGAAGUGGAUAUGAAGAUGGAACCCUCAAGCCCUCCGGAGAAAGAUCGCAGCAUGUUUUCGCGUUGUUCGAGCGCGGGCAGCAUUCACACCCCGACGUCGUCGGCCCACAAUUCCGAAGAUGAAGAAGAUUCGGGUGACAACAAGAGUACUACGCUCAGCUACAAAGAGCGCCGCCGCGAAGCGCACACGCAGGCAGAGCAGAAACGGCGCGACGCGAUCAAGAAGGGAUACGAUUCUCUCCAAGAACUAGUACCAACCUGCCAGCAACCGGACGCGUCCGGAUACAAGCUCAGCAAGGCGUCGGUGCUGCAGAAAUCGAUCGACUACAUCGGCUACUUGCUGCAGAACAAGAAAAAGCUUGAGGAGGAACGAGCCUCGCUUCAGAAGGAGGUGAUGGCGCUGCGGAUUAUACAGAAGAACUACGAGCAUAUGCUGCAGCACCAGCAGGCUUCACCCGGACGCACUGAGGCGCGCCUUAGCGAUGACGUUAAGUUUCAAGUGUUCCGUGCGAUCAUGGAUGAAAUGUUUCUCACGUUCGAGCAGCUGCCGAUGAGUGACUUUGCCGAACUGACCUCCGGCGUUAUACCCUGGUUAGAGGAGCACUGUAAGCCGCACCUACUGCGCGAUGUGGUGAAUCGAAUGUUAUCGAACAUUACGACCAGCUAUGCCAUGCAAGGAACGUCCGAUGGGCUCGGUAGCAGCAGCGAAAUGAGCACAAUGUAGGAUCAUUAAUCGAACACUGCUAUUUGGGAAUAUUAUUUAAAAGCCUGUCACGAAGUCGCGAACUAGGUGACACAAAUUGUUAUAGCAAAUUGUUUUCUUUCAGUUCUAGUUGUUCAGUUCCAUAUGCCCCCAGAGACAGGCAUGUACAGGAGGUACUACAUGUUAUAUUUUAUUGUAUAGUAUAUUUUAACAGAUGGCUAAUAGUAACUAAUGAAUAAAACAUGUCUCGAACGCGACAAAGACUAUGUUUU